CUCCCAUAUUUCCAUUUCGAACCCGAAGUCACUGCAUCAAGCUGCAAGUGACUACCUUCGACAAGAGCGCUCCGCCAAGCUUCCUUGUCACCCCUACGUGUAUCGUCCCCUACACGUGCGGAUUCUCCUUGUGUUGUACCUACCUGCGUGUGCCUCUCGAGCUCAACAACCGUCGCGUCCACGUUCUUCAGUGACGGUCGCACCCAGUCCCAGAACCAUCUCGAAGGAAACGACCGGAUUCACCCCACACAAGGCAGGAAAUAUGAUGCUCGGUAUGUAUGCAGAGGACCCACUGGCGAAGAAACAAAGCCACCACGCACACACGGCGCAUGCCCAGGCGGCCAAGAAUAUGCUUGGUGCAGAUUCGGCGAUCGCGGACGUGUUGGAUGGCGAUAUGAACUGGUUCACCGACGGCGGCAUAAUUCGAAUGGAGGAGUUUGGGAACGAUAUCGAUUGGGUUCAUGAAGAACUCGACCAGUCGUUGCAUCUGCAAUGCACCCACGGCGACAGCGAAGACUUAUUUGCCCGCGAAUUUUCACCGUAUGCACCUCCUGCAACAGCGAUUGCAUUAGAGCCGACAUCUCACCACCAUCCCACAGCUUCAGAUGGAAUCUCUAUGGCAAGUGACUUGCGCGCAUGUGAUGCGACCGAGAAGCUUCUUAUGAGUUUUGACACGAUGAGCUACACAACGCCGUCACCGGUGUCGUCCCCUCGUCACCGAGAGCGCAAUGACGUGUUGGGUGAUGAUUUGGACGAUGAAAUGGAAGAUGAUGAAGACGACGAAGACGAUGAGAACGAGAUGGAUGCUACUUCGGAGGCAAUGAUGAACACGGCAUCGUCGCCAGUUGUAUCGGACUUGGAAUCGCAUAUUCACGGCCUGAUGUUGAUGCCUCCAGUGAAGUCGCUGAGUACGACGUCUCCGUCGAAGCCGUCGGACAAAGUGAUCGCGACGUCGGGAACGGGUGUACCCCAAGAUAGCAAGUUCAAGAAGCUGUUUGAACCGAUUGUGCAUCAGCGCACGAUUGGUGCGUACACGCCGACCGCACGAAAACUGCGCUUGGAAAAAUUUCACGAGAAGCGAAAGAAGCGCAUUUGGAAGAAGAGCAUCAAGUACGACUGUCGAAAGAAGCUUGCCGACGACCGACCACGCAUCAAGGGCCGCUUUGUGCGCGUUUUGGAGAACUUAGGAUUGAAAUCGGAGGACGAAGCAAAGAUGCUGCUACAGCUUGAAGAAGGCGAAGUGGACCCCCAGUCUGUCAUGGGAUCUGCCUCCGCGACUGUGUCAAGUGCGGCGCCUCUCGUGUCAAUUCCCCUCGCCACAACCAUGCCUGGUGGCGGCAAUGUGGUCCCCACGGCAAUUGUGAUCGGACCUUCGAGUAGUGAAGUGACGCCGCCUCAAGGAAAUAGUCCGCUGGCAGCCGCCGCGACGUCGACAUUGAGCCCCACCGUGAACCAUUCGAUCCACUUCGGCAGCUUUGGGACGUUUCCGUCCCCCGUCGUGAUGGUCAAACUCGAACCGUCGACGGCCACUGCGUUUCCUCUCGUCGGCCGCGCCAUUAUGGGUUGACAUGCCGCCACCGCUAUUAGUCGUACCAUAGGAACAAACAAAAAACACAGACACCACAUUGCGUGGGGCAUAAGUAACAUAUACAGACACGGCAUCCAACCACCACCUCCUCCAUUGACA